AGAUAGUCCAGAUAGUCCAGAUUGUCCAGAUAGUGCAUGUUUUAAGUUUAAAGUCCUCAUAGUUUUCAUGUGGGGGUCAGCCUUGGUUGUGGAGCCUGAUGGCCACCAGCAAGAAGGACUGACCUAGGCGUCAGUGUCAGUUAAUGCUGGCUGGGGUUUAGCAGACAAUUCUGCAACAAGAUUAUUGAAUAAAAGAUGUUUUGGUUCUUGACAGAUCAGACAGAGAUCAGUUUUCUAGGAAAAUGUUCAUUAUUUAACCUGUAAGUUGGCGGUGUAUGAUUAAAUUACAAUAAAGCCAGGUAUAAAUGAUGCAAAUAGUGUUAUAAAUACAAAGUUUCACCACUUGUGUUUGUCCAUGCAAAUAGAGAUAUACUGUAUGCCUUUUACAUAAUAAACCUAGAGGAGCUACAGCCCCCUCUGGUGUCCACACGGUGGUGCUGCAGACAUGUGUGAUGUUUACUUCCUGUUUGUGUCUACUAGUUCCUGUGUGCUGCUGCUGCCAUCAGCAGGAGAGCAGCUGUUCUCCCAGCAAGUCAGUGGUCUAGCUAACGUACAGUAGCAACAGUCGCCAAGGCAACCAUGAACAUCCUCCCGAAGAAGAGCUGGCACGUCCGCAACAAGGACAACGUCGCUCGCGUGCGGAAGGACGAGGCCCAGGCAGCAGAGGAGGAGCGCGAGGCCAAGCGUCGCGUGGAGCGUGCAGAGCAAGAGGCUCGUACAGAGUUUCUGAGAAGGAAAUCUCGAGCUUCUCUCCCUUCAUCAGGAGAAAAGAGGGAUGAAGAUGAUGAUGAACGAAGUGGAGGAAGUGGAAUUCUGGAGCAUCUUAAUCUUUUUCCCCUGGAGGAGUCCUCGGAGAAGAAGGGGAAUGAGGAGUAUCUCAAAGAAAAGCAAGAAGAAAAGGAGAAGCAGGAACGAGCCAUCGGCUUGCUGGUGUCUCUGGGACCCCAACCGGGGUCAGAAGUCACUCCGUGGUACCUGAAAACUGGCAAAGAAAAAGAAGAAAGAAAAGAAAAAGAAGAGAAGAAAGAAAAGGACAAGAGGAAGGGAAUGAGUGAAGAGGAGAAAGAGAAGAGGGAUCGCAAAUUGAAAGAUCUUUUAGACCCGUUGAAAGAUAUGAAGAAAGCUCUGGCUGUAAAGGAGAAGAAAUACCACAACAGUAAGAAAAGGGAAAGAAGAGACAAAGGGGAAAGGAGGAGCAGUGGAGAGAGCUCCAUAGAAAGGUUACGUGCUGAGCGUUUACAGAGGGAGGCUGAAGAAAGGAGGAGAACUCAGGCUCUGCUCGACCAGAGGAACGGCAAGAGGAAGGAGCCAGGGAAGGAGACGAAUGAGAGGGAGAUGCCGUACAACAGCGCAUACUUCCCAGAACUUGCUCGAAAGCGCCAAAGGCGGGAUCGAGACAGCUGGAGGGAGGAAAUAUUAAAAUCAUGAACUAUCUUUAUAGGUCGUUUGAGGAGUGUGACCUGUGUAUAUAUAAUAUCGAGACCAGUGUGUUUCCAAAUGAAGCAAAUGUCCAGAGGAAAGAAGGUAACAUGGGAAGUGUGCAGAGUAGGUUUAGAGCCACAUUAAGAACAUACUGGUAACCUGGUCAUGUUAUUGUCAGAAAGUUGAAGAGGCAGCUUGUAGGCCAACUUUUAAUUUAUUUUUGUUCACCCAGAGGGUCAGAGGUCCGGUUCAGAUACAGUUACCUUUAUUCCCCUGCAGUGUUUUGCUCAUGAUCACGUCAGCAGGGCAGAUGGUUGCCAUCACGGGGGGCUUGAAGCUCUCAGCAAAGAAAACAUGCAGUGAACAACAACAACAAAAUAUUGUUUAUACUAUUGCUGAAAUGCAAAGAGAUUUGAAGAUGAUAGAAAGUCAACACACACUGAAUGAACACGUCUUUCAGUAAAGAAAUUAAACUGGAGAGAAGAGCUGAAACAGUUAGAUUAGCCGAUUAAUCAAUUAGUUGAUCGACAGAAAGUGUAUAAUUUCACUUAUUUUUCAAGCUGAAUUGCCAACCAUUCUCUGUUUCCAGCUUUUCUUUGUCAUGUAUUACUUUAAGCUGAAUUUAUUUUUGUUUUGGACUGUCGGUCGGAUACAACAAAAACAUUUGAAGAAAUAAAAAAGGUGCACCUAAUAAACAGGUAACUGACUAAACAUGUA